UUAAACAGUCGAUUUAAACAUAACGCGUACGUGAAUGUUUAGUGUAGUGUUAUUAUUAAUGUAAUUCAUGUGGUAACACAUUAUGUCUACGUCGAGAGAUGUAGAGAAGGGUACACCAGAAGAAGAUGAGACCUCGACGCCGCUGCUGUCCCCAAACGUAAGCGGCAGAUUGCGACCGCUCAGACCGCAGAAACCCCACGUAAAAGGCAAUGGGACUUCAUCACCCUCCCGUCAUCAUGCUUUAAAAAAGCUGAAGUUGGAACCGCCAUCGGUAAUAUCGACACCGGACGACACGCCAGCUCCAGAUACAGCUGAGUGGCCCAAGAAAUGGAGACGAAGUGACAGGAGGCUAAGGCGACUCAACACUGAAUUACUAGAAGCGAUCGAGGCUCAUAAUGUGGAAGAAAUUGAAAGGUUGCUGAGAGGCGGCGCGAACGCAAACGCAACAUGUCGUCUCGACCUCGUAUCGGCUUGCCACGUAGCAGCCCUAGAAGGAGGCGAUGCCUUGGAACUUCUCGUCAAGUAUGGUGCAGAGAAGCACAGAUACGAUCGACUUGGUCGAACACCACUACACUUGGCCGCUUACGCUGGAAACGCGAGACAGAUGGCGGUACUAUUGGAUUUCCCUGAAGAUAUGCAAAGACGUGUAGACAACGACGACAUGUCAUCAGAAGCCGAAGAAGAAGUUAAGAAGAUAAGCAAACUGACCAAAGAAAUGGUCAAUAUGCGCUGUGACUUAGGCGAUGUGGACAUCAUACUACCCAAGGCCUGGAAAGACAACAUCGAUCACAAUUGCAUGGACAUCAAAGGGACUUUACCAUUAUUACAACCGGGCUGGACACCUCUCCAUGUUGCCGCGUCGUGCGCCCGCAGACAUUGUACUAGAUUGCUGUUAGCAGCUGGGGCUGAUCCUAAUGUUCUUGACGUCAAGGGCCAGAGUCCUUUAGAUGUAGCUGGUCUAGCACAUUAUCACGACAAAGAUAUUAACCCUUCAAAUUUUACAGAGGUUGUGAAAAUGCUCCUAAAUGCUGGUAGCCAAUUUAAUAGCAUGAAGGGUAGUGGUUUCAAUGUGGACACACCUUUACAUAUUGCUGCUGAGCUAGGUAAUAUCGAUUGCAUUAAAGAACUCUUGGAUGCUGGCGUAUCUAUAACUUGUCUUAAUUCUUCUGGACAAACGCCUUUACAUGUAUGCGUUAAGAAUGAAUUAGAAGAACCAUUGCAGAUUUUAGCCAAUUAUGCAACGAAGGAUAUUAAUCCUUUAACAGCGAUGGUAGAUGUUAAAGAUAAGGAUGGAUAUACUGUUUUACAAGCAGCUGUUAGGGCUGCGUGGGUGCCAGGCGUAUGCAUUGCUUUAGAAUCGGGAGCAGAUGUAACGAUGAAGGCAAACGAUGGUGAAACUCCAAUACAUUCAGCCGCAACGCUUGGAAAUUUAGAUGUGCUUAACGAAAUACUUAGUUUAGCGAAACAGAAAGAUUUUAUUGAUUAUCAAAACGAGGAAGGCGAGACACCCUUAAUGAAAGCAAUAAUAAAUGGACAUUUAAAUUGCGUAGAAGCUAUCCUUAACGAUGGAGCAUCAAUUAAGUUAACUAUGCCAGGUGAUAUAAACGUAUUACAUAUAGCAGCUGAAUACGGACACAUAGAUAUAUUAAAAUUUUUAAUCGAAUAUGACGAAAAUGCAACAGAAGAAAUGAUAAAUGCUGUAACUUCUCCUGACAGAAGAGGAUUCGGUCCAAUCCAUUUCACAGUAUUCAACAACAAUACUGAUUGCUUAAUUUACUUAAUAUCCAAAAACGCAGAUAUACGUUUAAGAACAACAUCGAGUCCUCAUAAGUCAUCGACACCUUUACAUUUAGCAGCGAUGAAAAAUUAUGAAGAAAUAGCGAAAAUUAUUUUAAAUAAUGACAGAACUACUCUUCAUGAAGUUAAUAGUCUGGGCUGGUAUCCUUUACACACUGCUGGUCACCAUGGUAGUAGAGAUCUCGUUGCGCUACUUCUGCAAGAAGGAGCUGAUCUAUCUGGAUACACUGAUGGACCUAAAAAAUAUAGAAGAACGGCCAUUGAUAUGAUUAUAAAUAAUAUAUCAAAACCAACAACGUUUUUGGAAGACGUUUUCGAUUCCUAUAUUUCAGCGAAUUCAAACAAUUUUCAAGAUUCCAAGUGCGAAGUAACUGUUGACUACAGGAUAUUGAUGCCUACGAUCUGUGAAAUGGAACAAAUGAAAGUUAUAGAGGCUCUUUUAAAAACUGGAAACAGACAUGGACAGAGAAGACUUCUAGUACAUCCUUUGGUGGAGAGUUUUCUCUAUCUUAAAUGGAAGGCGUUAUUGCCAUUUUUCUAUACCAUAAUAGCUGUAUAUUCUCUCUUUGUGAGUUCGCUAACAAUUUUCAUCAUAGGAGUAUUCUUUUACAAGGAUACUAACACAAAGCCACCUCCGUUUCUUAAUCCAAAUAUAUGGGGAUACAUAGUUUAUACCACUAUAGGUUUAAUAAUAAUACAGGAAUUAUUCUACAUGAAUAUAAAAAGUACAAGAUAUUUUUUACAACUGGAAACUUGGAUAAAAUUUUGGUCAAUAUCUUUAUCAGCCGUUCUUCCGCUGACUGUUAUCUUUGUCCCAUUGACAACAGCCGAAUGGCCUAGACAUGUAGCGACUUGUGCAUUGCUGCUAUCAUGGAUAGAACUUAUGUUCCUGCUAUCGAGAUUUCCAAAUUGGGGAUACUAUGUACUUAUGUUUGGGAAAGUUGCCGCAAAUGUGAUAAAGAUUCUUUUGACCUUUGCAUUUUUAGUUAUUGGAUUCUCGUUAAGUUUUAUGAUACAAUUCCAUUCCGAAAUACCAUUCGACGGUCCUUGGGCUGCCAUAGUCAAAACGAUGGUCAUGAUGACGUCAGAAUUUGACUACUCAGCCUUAUUCGAUAAAGAACACACCCAAGAACUAGCUACAUCUUUAAUUAUAGUCAGACUGAUCUUUGUAAUAUUCCUUAUUUUGGCUGCAAUCGUCCUUAUGAAUUUAAUGGUAGGUGUUGCUGUCAAUGACAUUAAUGAUUUAGAAAUCUUGGGUAAUAUUCGAAGACUCGCGAAGCAAGUUGAAUUCCUCGGAACAUUAGAUAACUUAGUAUAUAACAAAUUCGUUGGUAAGAUUCUGCCAAACCGUUUAAGUAAAAGUAUACGAAAUAAAAGAAAAGUUAUGGGCGUUAUGUCCUUUUGCCCGGGAAAAGCGAGAUGGCGAAUACACAAAUCAAUACCAACUCGUAUAAGGAAUGCUAUCAUGGACAAAGCUCAGCAACAGAAGAAACAAAUGGAAAUGGAAACUAACAUGGAAUCAUUUAGAAUGAAAAUCGACGAAAUGUAUGAAGCCAUUACGAAGAAAAAAGAAAUUAAAGAAAAAUCAGAAACUAUUAGGAAAGAAGUUCGAGGAGUACAAAAACUUAAAUAUGACGAAAUAAUUGAUCGCCUGAAUAAUCUAGACGAUGGCGUUACUAAAGUUAAGGGUCAAGUUGCUGAUUAUAUAGAAGAAACGAAAUGUCCUAUAGAAGAGAUUAAUGUAAAAAUGGAUCAAAUGUCGUUAGAAAUGGAAGAUAUUAAACAAUUCUUAAGAAGAUUGGAAACUAAACUUGGCAGCUUAUAAUUACAUUUUAAAAUUAGAAUUAGACCUAAGACCUAAGAUUUAUA